AUUGCGAAUAUUUUUGGGUUGAAAACAAAUAUGUAUAUUAUUAUAUUUUACCGAAAGAACGGAAGGAUACGUCUGUUCUGGCUGAGGUGAAGCUGCAGGUGGUUUGCUCAGAGGCAGGCGAUGGUGCUCGGUGAUUGGCUGAUAACAUGGAGGUCUGAUCGGGUCCAGCGUUCACAUUUCCAGCCCAGCAGAGAUCAGCCUCCGCCUGCUGGUCACAGAUCAGUGCAGCCGAACUGAAGAAAGGGUUCAGCCCAGAGACUUCCUGCGUGUCGACAGGUGAGGGCUCUUUCUCCUGCUCUCACCUGUCCGAGGCUCUGAUUGGUCGAUCUGCUGUUGCUUAGGGACACGUGGAUGUAUUUUUACCCUCCAUCGCUAUAGAAACAAAAGCUGCUGAGGUUCUUCUUCACACCUUUAAAAAUAGACGACGACAUCAGAGCUGCAGCAGAUCAAUAACUGAUCACUGAUCAAUACAGCAGCAUUACGUCCAUACUGUAGUUUGGGACAAAAUCUUAAAGAUAGCACAGCCAGUAGAAAGUCAUUAUGGGAAAUGAAACCAAAUCUUGUUUCCUGUUCGUGUCCCCUGGAGGAGGAGGUGGUCCCCCCCCCCUUAUUGAAGAAGCAAUUUCUGUAAAACAAAACGCCAAUCAGUGUGGUUGCCAUGGAAACUGGGGCGGCUGGAGAGAGACCAGCUCGGCGCCUCCUCUGCUCUCGUGGAGACACAGAUCUGAGAGGGAAGAAGAUCCAGUUCAGGUUCCCCGGUGUUUAAUCUCAGUGAUAACAGCAGCAGAUGGUUCAUCGGAGCUGAAACGCCUUCAGGAAGUAUAAAAACCGCUUCGCUUCGCCGUGGAGACCAACCAUGGCGACGGAGGAUGAAGAGAACGUCCGACGAGCAGAGAAAUUCACUUUAAAGAGGAAGCUGACGGGUCCUCCCAGGCUGCUGCUGGGAAAAACCAGGACCAGGAGCGUGGGGGAGGACAGACCUGAGGCUCAGACUAACAAAGACAAGACAGAAAACACCGGCGGGGAUGAAUCCUCACUGAAAUACUGUGAUAGUAUUACUGCUGAGCUGACAGAAACGGCCAUCGUCGUCGAGGGCUCCAGGGGGCGCUGUGGAGCUGCAGGUGAGGACGAUGACAUCACAAACAGGAAGGUAAACAGACGCAGGUGGUGGAGAAGAUUCUCACCUGCUGUUGUUUGUAACAGGAAGCAAAAGAAGGACGUUGAGGAAAGUUCGGAGAAGCAGCAAAGUGACGGUGCUGUUCCACCAGAGGGGGCGCUGCAGGAGACAGACGCAGCUUUACUACAUAACACAAACACAGAAGAAGAAAACUCUAAAGGGAAGAGGAGGUUUAACGCGAGGACAUGGCCGACGUUCAAAAGGUUCCUGACUUCGCCCGACGUUCGACAAACUCACAAACAGACGAGAGAUUUCGCGGAGAACGACGGCGUCGAACCUUUGAUGACCUUCCGGAAAAAACUGCGAAAUGUUUUCACCAAAGGAGGAAAGAAAAGAUCGUCUGGUUUCCGUCUGGAAAACAUGGAGGACACGAGGAAGCGCGAGGAGCCGCCACGUUCAUCUGAAGCUCACGAAGACGAACCCACCGGACUCCACGGUGACGUGACUGUCGGGAGUCUGGAGGUUGUGACGGCCGAGAUGAGCGUCCAGCCGACGGAGCAGCGAGCUGCAGCAGAGAGUCUAGACGAAACACCAGCAGAAGACCUGGUUUGUGACACCAACGUCACCGAGGAGGAUUCGACGGACGCUGUAGGCGGAUCAGAAACAAUCCAAUCAGACACAAACAACGUUCCUGUAAAAGAUGCAAUAGAGGUUGUAUUUUCCGCGAAAGACGAGGUUUCCACCGAAGUCGUCCUGGACGCUGGUGAUCCGCCUUCGUCCUCAACCACGUCUCCCCAGGACGCCUCGGAGCUUCACCGCGAGGAGAAGACGGCUGAAACUAGCUCACAGUCCCCUCAGCCAUCGACUGACGGACCCUCCAUCCGGAUCGAGCUGGUUCCCCCAGACGACGUGACUCAUGAGGAUGAAGAGGAGGACGAAGAGUGUUGGGAGGGCAGUUCCUCCUCAGCGAACCACAACCACCUCCUCCGCCUCCUCGGCUUCGACCACAGCGAGCGGCAGCUGGUUCAGACGGCUUGCUCUCUGGUCCGAGCCGCCAUGAGCGCCGCCGUGGAUCAGCUGACCAGAGAACAGCAGAGCGAGUCAGACUGCGUCCACAGAGAGUCGCAGGGCUGCAGAGAUCACGCCUGAUGACGAGCAACGCGAGGAAGAACGCUGUUCGGAGGUUUUAAAAACUUUAAUCUUAAACAUCUGAGAAUUGAGAGGAAAAAGGUAAAAAGUAGACGCAAGUUUUCGCUCACCGCGAGGUGAAGCGUGGGUUUCUUUCAUCAAACAACAACCUCAGCAAAGAUCAUCAGUACGUUAAGUGUCAAGGCUUUUACACAGAGCAGCAAAGGUAUUGGCUGCCUGUCGCUUGUUGUGAUUGGCUAAACUGAUCUCAUCAUUGACCUGGGGGCCAACGGGAGCCACCUAUUCUAUUUUAACCGCCGCAGCUUUUCCGGCCUUUACGGCGCCGGUUUAGCGGCCUGCGAGUCCAGUCAGCGAGUGAGGAACGCACACACAGGGAGAGCAGAGACCAGUCGGAGAAAUGGCGGUCCAGAAUCCAGAACGGACUCUGACAUGUUCAGUCCUCCACAGGCAGUUCGACACCAGGACGUCUCAUGUGUUCAGACCGUGGCGUUUAUUAAGAGCGGCAAAGUGAAGCGCCGCUACGAGACAAAGCAGAGCAGCUUCUGAGCCGGUUAACAAGGGGGACGGGUUUUGGUCAUUUUGCUAAAAAGGAGGAUGGCGUCCCCCCUCGCCCCCCUCAAACCGCCUGCUGACACGGAGUGAAUAAAGUAAACGUCUUGAACAUGUGUUUUGUUAUUAAAGAGGACUUCUGCUGGUGUAG